UACUAGUGGUAGUAUUUUCUCCUUUAUCAAAUCUACUAUGGUUGAAAUUUUGUGUAAUAACAUUGUAGAGUUUCCACAGAAGCUUUUAAUUCCCUGCAAACUAACAAAGUAAUAGUAAUGAUAGCUCCCCAGUUGUCUGUGUUUAUAGAAAGGAAAAUAAAACUAUUUUAAACUUGAAAGCUUAAGUGUUGUGAGAGUUUUUUAACCUCAGAUGAAAGACAACUGAGAAAGCUGAAAGGCGUUUAAAUGUUUAUGUUCCUUUUCAUAAAAAGAGGCUUAGUGGAGACUGAAUGUCACUUAGUGCUUAAUUUGGGUGGUCUAAGUAGUUUAAGCCAACAGCUCAUGCUGAGCAAGUAAAUAAAUUCAAAAGAUGAUCACAGCUUGAAGAAUAAUUUGGUAUUUAAAAGAAGUCUUUGAAGUAUUUUUUUGACCACUGCCCCUGAACCAUUUGGGGAAAUUCAAUUAGUUUAAGGGUAUUAUGACACCACUUUUGUGUUGUAUUAAGAUCGUAAUCUAAAUUAGCUUCUUGUAGCUUUGCUAUCAAUAUACAUGUUAGAUUUGUCAUCCAAAGCAUAUAAAGUCAGAAAUCCCAGAACCUAUUCAGUAUCUUGCGAGCACAAGUAGGAACCAGAUAUGGAGCAUGUGUUCUUGAUCAUCCUACAUCUUUGUAGUUUGUUAUUUUCUCUCAAUACAGCAUGUAAGUAUCGUGGUAUUUAUCCAUAUCAAAUUAAAUUAAAAUGCAUCAUACUUUGUAAAUGUUAUGUAUUUGGAGACAAAAUACUUGCUGCAUAACUGUGGGCAUGACAGUUAUUUUAAUUUUCCUUUUGAUAAACCUUAAUACAUUUAAACUUUGCUGUAUUAUAUAAAAUGAGAUCUCACCCAAGCUUUGUUUUUUUUUAAACAGAUGAUGGAGCGAUGAACUGGCACAGUGACAGAAGAAAUAUAUUUGCAGAGAGGGGCUGCUGCAAAAGACAAAGCAAUUUUGUUUACAUUGGACAAGAUGUCUCUGGAAGUCCAGUAAGCGUGGAUGUUGGGAUAUGCAGAUCACAUUGUGGUAGUCAGCAAAGAUUAAACUCGUACAAUCCUGGUGUUCCUAGUCUUCCAAAACAUUCUUCAAUGCUGGAUUUUCUUAGAAACAAGAAGCUCAGAGAAAGGAUUUCGGAUUCCCCACUUUCAUCUGGAUCUGAACCAUCAUGCCCAAAGUCAUCCAGCUGUCAAUCAACAAAAGUUGGUAUAGAAAGAGUGCUGCUAUUUCAGGGAAUUCAAGAAAUAGACGUUAUAGAAGACUGUCAGUGCAGCCCAACCCCCGAAGAAUGUAUUCGAAUGCCCUUUCUUAAGUCCUUUUUUCCAGAUACCCCUUUUGAAUCAACAGUGGAUGUUGGCAAAUGUUCCAGUCCGGAAGACCCCACAGGUUUCCAUUGUUCCCCAACUAAAUUUGACUCAGUGGUUGUUGAAAGUCCAAAUGGUGCUAAAAUUGUGCACACUGUUGAAAACUGUGAAAUGAAGGAAAGCUGUUACAGAGUCAGUUACCUGGAGUAUUACUAUGAAAUAACAUACAGUUUCAAAGGCAUAAAAGAAGAAAGACUUAAGGAAAUUGAUGUGGGAAGGUGUUUAGGAAACUGUUCACCAGGAAAUCAUUGUCUACUCAGGGAUUCUCGAAACAGGGAUCAUUGCUUAGUAUGGGAAGAAGGAUCUAGCAAUGGAUGCAUCCCCCAGGAGUAUGAGACACACACAUUCAGGAGCAGGAAUGGACACAUACGUUCUGUGUUUGCAGUAAAGACUUGCAAAUGUCAGACAUAAAAAAAGAAAUGAUCUCAGAUACUAUAUUUGACAGCCAUGAUAAUGCAAAUGGAACUCCAUAAAUGUGCUCUUUUCACUUAGCACUACUGUCUGUGUAAUGCAGGUGCAAAUCGUUGGGUAUUAUUGCAGCAAUGGAGGUAGGAAUGCACUUUAUAUGAAUUACCUGCAUAUGUAACACAAGUCGUCAUAGC